CCCCACAUAUACAUUCUCACCUCUCUCGCUCCACUCUUUCUAUAUCUCCUCUGCUCACAAACCACCCUCAAUUGCACACACAAUGAAAGAGAAAAUCCAUUUCAUGGCUCACCACCAACAAUCGCCUCCUUCUUCAAAACUUGUUCACGGGAUGCCAUCUCAAUGCCAACCUCAAGACAGUGACAGUGAUUGUAAAGAUGAAACAGAGUCUCAAUCUCAGAAUCUGUCGGCUUCGGAAACAUGUGCCUGCGAUAAGGAGAAAAUGGCAUUGCAGAACCUGGUUUCUGAUUCUGCCGAUGCGACGAGAGGCAGUGGUGAGGCUGAGGAAAGUGGACGAGAGAAGCUGAAGAGGCAUAGAGUGGAAGUGGCGGGAAGGGUAUGGAUUCCUGAGAUAUGGGGUCAGGAGGAGCUGUUGAGAUGGAUUGAUUGCUCGGCUUUGGACGCUCCUUUGGCUCCGAGCAGAAUCAUCACGGCGCGAGCGGCGAUGGUUCGAGAGGCUACGAGAGCCAAUGCCGGCGGAUUUAGAAUAGAGAACAGGUGUUGAACUUUCAUUUCUCUGCGAUUCAAUUUUAGCAAUGAGCUUAGCGUGUAUAGAUAAUGAUGGUUCAUCAAUCCUCACUUCUCUCGUAACCCUGUCUUAUUUUAUGUACUCCAUUUAGAGUCUCAUUCUCAAAACUUCCUGUUUUUUAGAUUAUUCACCAGAACGAAGCUUUGCGAUUUAGCCUAAGUUUGGAAUUUCAGACUACUGAACAAGUUCCCAUUGUUGUAAAUCACUCAAUGCUUCAGGAAUUUAUGAUACUGGAUUUGAAUUAA